AAACUUCAUCCAGUCAACAACCAAUCGACUACACCUUGUCCUGGUCGAAGCCAAGCAAGCUAGAACUAUGCCAUCAUCUCUCGGCAAAAGUUCAUUCAUCAGUUCAGCAAGACCUUCAUCACCUUACGGUCUCAUGCUCAACAUCUGCCUUGGCACUCCAAUCAACCUGCUCGCGCAUGGAGUUGCCAUCUGUCCAGGCAGAACAUCAAGUCAAUCAGCAAACCUUUCGCCAUCUCUACAGCAAGGGUUCAGCAUUCUCACAAUCGGGGGUUGCCAUCACUACAAGGCAAAUUCACAUCUCUCACAACAAGGCCUCGCCGUCAACUUACGCGUGCCUUCGACUUGUUCCAAUCUUUCGUCUUUCGUCCAGACAAGGAGCAAUUCAAUCAAACCAAACUGGGGGUUGCCAUCACUUCACGGCAUGCAUCACAACACACACAACAAGACUUCGCUGUCAACAUACGCGUGCCUUCAACACAUUCCGAUUCUGAGCCCUUGGGAAAGGCAAAGAUUGGUACUGCCAAAAUCAAAAACCACAAAUUACAACAUCUGCAAGGUUUCGCUGUCAAGCUUAUGCGUACCUUCAACACCGACCAGUUCUUUAGCCCUUGGGAAAGGCAAAGGACGGUCCUAAAUCCAAAACAUCACAUGGGGAUUGCCAUCAUCUUCGGCAAAAAGUCAGUCAGCAAGGUUUCGCACUCACUCUUUCGCAUGCCUUUGACACAACUCAGACCAGUUCUUCGACCCCUGGGAAAGGCGAUGAACGGUCUAAUCAAUCAAACAACUUCAGGGUUGCCAUCUACUCUGGCAAAAAAUCAGUCAACAAGGCUUCUUUCCACUACAAGUGCCUUCGACACAA